AUGGCUAUGAAAGUUGUACUGGCGAUUCUACUAUGUUUCGUUGCUUGCGAGUCUCUCGUGAAUGCUCGGGAGUCUGAGAGGCGCCAGUACCGGUUCUCGACAGAAGCUCAGCUGUGCAAGCUGGACAGGAUUAGGGUUAGGCCGCCGUCGCGUCGGAUUGAGUCGGAGGGAGGCAUCACUGAGCUUUGGGAUGAGGCUGACGAAGAGUUUCAAUGUGCUGGAGUUGGUGCUAUUAGAAACCUCAUAAGGCCCAACUCUCUCUCGUUGCCUAAAUUCCACAAUGCCCCUAUGCUCGUUUACAUCGAGCAAGGUGAAGGGUUUUUGGGCAUGAACUACCCAGGGUGUGCAGAGACAUACGAGUCACAGUCACCCCAAUCUUCAAGAAGGUCUACCAGGCGCAUGGGGCGACGAAUUGGCGCCGGCAGAUCAGGAGAAGACCAACACCAAAAGAUUCGUAGAAUUCGACGUGGUGACAUAAUCGUCAUUCCUGCCGGCACCGUCCAAUGGUGCUACAACGACGGUCCCCAAGACCUCAUUGCCGUUGCCUUCUUGGAUCUCAACAACGACGACAACCAACUCGACCUCCGCAUCAGGGGAUCUUUCUUGGCUGGUGGGGUUCCAAGUGAAGCAAGGAGAGAAAUAAGAGGAUCAAAAUCAGAUGAUCUUGUGAACAUCUUCAAUGGGUUCGAUCAGGAGCUUCUUGCAGAGGCAUACAACAUUCCAACAGAGUUAGCAAGGAGAAUGCAAGAAGAAAGGAGCAGCGGAUUGAUCGUGAAGUGCGACGAAGAAAUGUCGUUUUUGACUCCAGAGUUAGAGGAGGAAGAAUUGAGUGAAUCGCCAUUUUCAAGAAGGGGAGAGGAAAAUGGGAUCGAAGAAACCAUCUGCACUGCUAGAGUUGUGCACAACAUGAACACCCAAAGAGAAGCUGAUCUAUUCUCUAGAGAAGCUGGUAGAGUUAACAUUUUGAACCAACUCAAGCUCCCUAUUCUAAGAUUCCUCGGCAUGAGUGCUGAGAAAGGCCAUCUUUUUUCGAAUGCUCAACACAACUUGCACUGGUCGAUGACAGACCACAGACUGGUGUAUGUGAUAGAUGGAGAGGCCGAAAUUCAAAUAUCCGACGACUAUGGCAACCAAGUGUUCAAUGAGAGAGUAUCAAGAGGAAACAUGUUUGUAAUUCCUCAAUUCUACCCUGCAUUAGCUAGAGCUGGCCAAGAAGGGUUCGAAUGGGUAACUUUCAAGACUUCAAAUCAGCCAAUGAAGAGCCCUGUGGUUGGCUACACAUCCUUCUUCAGAGCCUUACCACUCCAACUCUUAGAACAAGCAUUCCAAAUCACAACAGCUGAGGCUCAGCAACUCAAGCAAACAAGAAGGCAACACACUUUCCUCUUCCCACCUUCUAGCAGCAGCACCUUCCGCAGCCGUAGGCCAGCUUGA